UCACUGGAGAGCACCGAAGUGCUAGAUGAGUAAACGAUGAGUUCCCUGAGUUUGUUACCAAACGGACUGAAGAGCCUGGUGGAGUGUAUUUCCAGAGCGACACUUCUGUCACAACCAGCUGACAUCCCAAACUUCCUGCUCGAGUAUUUGUUAGAGGUGAUCGACUUCAGGUGCUCUGACGUUAACUAUGAAGCUGGUGACAAAGACGUCUCCUUCCUGUUCCAAGAGCUGUGGGAGGAAAAGUUCUUGAUGAACAUGAAGGGAACCACUGAGUUUGCAGGAAGACAACCGUUUCCCGUAGCCACCACAGAGACGUCUACACCACCAGAAAAACGUGCAUCUCUGACAGAGAUAGAGGAGUAUUUAAAGACACUGUAUUCUGAUUAUGCGUCUUGCAAUGAAGAAAGUGUGGGGAAGGAAAUCGAAGCACCAGACAGAAAAGGUUUCCCCGACCAACCGAAAGCUGCUGUCCCUUUAAAGCCAACUCCUCCCAAAGUAAAGACUCAUGAGGUGUCUUUUGUUUCCUGUCCCAAGGACAGUGGGAGAACAAUGGAUACAACAUCAGAAACAAAUUGUAAGCCCUCUCCAAUUCCCAGUCAUCCAAGACUGAUGCCACCGCGCUGUGUAGUCAAACAAUCAGAAAAGAUGGCACCACCACCACCUUCCCGAGAAAGGAAGCCUGCACCACCUCCCCGCGAUGAACUCACAGAAACACGAAGCGUGUCCUCAGUAAGUAAUGGAAACACUGACAUGACUGAAACACAUCGGCCCACAUCUAAGACCAUCCCAGCAUCGGAACAAACUGGGGACUGUGAACCGUCUGCACCUUCUAGUCAUCCUAAACCCUGGAAAGAUGUACGAGUGAAAGUGGAAGGGGUGCCAGAAAGGACCAGCAUCAGGACUCUGGAACACAAAACUGUGGGGCAACUUAGAUCAAGAGCAGGACCGUCCACAUCCAGCAUUCCUGUGCCAGAGGGCCCUACUGAACCUGGGGUAACACCUAAGGUCUCUGUACUAGAGAGCAACAGGAAACGGCCCAUAACACCUAAGGUCUCCGUAACAGAGAGCAACCAGAAUGGGCCCACAACACCAAAGGUCUCCGUACCAGUGAGCAACCAGAAUGGGCCCACAACACCUAAGGUCUCCGUACCAGAGAGCAACCAGAAUGGGCCCACAACACCAAAGGUCUCUGUACCAGAGAGCAACCGCAAACGGCCCACAACACCUAAGGUUUCCAUACCAGAAAACAACCGGAAUGGGCCCAGAACACCUAAGGUCUUUGUACCAGAGAGCAACCGGAAAUGUCCCACAACACCUAAGGUCUCCGUACCAGAGGGCAACCAGAAUGGGCCUACAACACCUAAGGUCUCCGUACCAGAAAGCAACCGGAAACGGCCCACAACACCUAAGGUCUCCGUACCAGAAAGCACCCGGAAACGGCCCACAACACCUAAGGUCUCUGUACCAGAGACCAACCAGAAAAGACCCACAACACCUAAGGUCUCUGUACCAGAGACCAACCAGAAAAGACCCACAACACCUAAGGUCUCUGUACCAGAGACCAACAGAACAAAGGACCUAAACAAACAUAAGAGCACCAGAAAACGCUCCGCAACACCAAAGAUCAAUUUACCAGAGUGGACCAACACAAAAGACCUAAACGGACCAGAGAAGACCAGAACACCAAGGGUUCUGUGGUCCGAGAAGGCCAUUGCAAGGCCAGGUGGGGGUGGCCAGGGUGCAACCAACUUGGGUCAAGUUAACUAUUCUGCUCUCACUUGCCCACAUUCAGCACACACCGUCCACAUCAUCAGGUAUAAGCGUCUGCUGCCACAAUCCACAACUCUGGGCUUCAGUGAUCCUUCAGGAAGCGCACAACAUCACUCCGAGCAAUGAUGAUGAGCAACCCUUAAUCAAUGUAGUCCUACUUCCUGUAUGAA